GCAUGGCUUGCCAAAUUAAUAUUGUUGAUGAGCAGCAUGAAAAUCAGUAUGUAAAUACCAUGGACGACAAUGUAUUUGAAAAGAAUCAUAUGGACAUAUAUAUCGCUGGAGAGCAGUUAAGGGCUAGCAUGCACGCCGAGGGCAGUCUCAUCGCACAGCGGCAGCAACAGACAAUCACAUUCAACGUGUGCUUCGUUGGAUUCGAAACCGUCGAGUGGCUGGUGAAAGCGCGGCACGUAGACUCGCGACGCUCAGGCGUUAAGCUGCUGCGCAUCCUUGGUGACAACAACAUCAUCCACCACGUGACAGAUCAACAGUCAUUUUUCGACGACAACAACUUGUACCGGUUUCGAAGAGACGACGCAACAUUUUCAAAAUUUGAUGAUUUGAGUGUUUUCUUCAAAGGACUUAAGCUAUACAGCAGGUUGGUUACGGAGCCUAAUCGUGUGUUGAGGGUGCAUGAGGAGAACGGUGUUAGCUAUGAGAACUCGUUCUCUGGACAAGGCCUGCUAGACUGGAUGGUAAUCGAGCACAUGGUGAUGAACCGACAUCAAGCUCUAACCGACUGCAGGUCUCUCCUCGCUAGUAAUGUCAUACACCACGUUACACAUCAGCAUCAUCUAAAGGACGACAACCUCCUGUAUCAAUUUAGCGUCAACCUGAAGAAACAUAUACGCCACUCGGACAUUGUGAGCCGGUAUUCACUGAGAGGCACGCUGAAUUUUAAGGAGCUGGACGGCGCAUCUGAGACUAGAACCACAGAGUCAACGCUGAGGAAAAUCUCACAGAUUUCUUUGGGCAGCUUCUUAUUUAGCUCAGACAAUGGGAAUGAGCCUGCUGCGAGGAAAAACAGCCAGAGUCCUGACAGUAGGCAGACAAGAAUGUUUCCCUCUCCGGAGAGGACCCAAUCCGUGCCUCCCCAGAGGAGAACUCGCAAGUUGUCCCUCCCCGAGAAUCUGGUUGCCCCGGAGGGAGAGAGACGGAGAAAAAUAUCCGCUAUGCCGUCCUUUCCGUUCUUCAAUUAUCAACAAGCGGGUUCUGCGAGGUUUGCAUUUCCAAAAUCAGCAUCGGCAAGGAACAUUGAGUGCUAUAGCUCAUGCGGUGAUGAAAGUGAUGGUGAUGAUUACAGCACUGAUGAUACUGAAGAGGGCGAGACCGACAAGUUUCCUAGCACUGUACCAACAAGAAAAGCCAGGACCAAAGGCUCUGUUUUGCCAAAAUAUGUGAUGAAGAUAGUGAGUGCUCAGGAACUAGAGAGCUCUUCGACUCUAUACCUCAAGAAGAACAUUAAAAUUAUCAGCGACUCUGUAGGAUAUGGCUUUGUGAUCCGUGGUGAUGGGCCUACGUUUGUGCAGACGGUUGACCCAAAGGGACCUGGAUAUGAAGCUGGCUUGAGGGUCAAGCAGUACCUUUACGAAGUGAACGGAGAGAAGGUUGUGCAGCUGCCCCACCAGCAAGUAGCGAAGCAGGUCAUCAACAGUUCGAUGGGCGUCGUCAACAUCACCGUCAUGAUCCGUCUGUAGCGAUCGCUCGUCGCUUCGCUGGUUGUCACUGAGUUCUGUUAAGCUGCGUUUACACUAUCGAUUUUUGUCAGCAAAUCGUACCGAUUUCAAGUGUAUUCCAACUUGCC